AGAAAAUCUGGUUUGAUCUUGGUCGGGCAUUGCUCUAAAAUGGCCAACUUAGUUGCCACGGACUUUUACCUGCAAACGCUGGCCAAGAAGAUUUGCACCCAGGAACUCCAUCAACCAUUGAAAAGGAAGUUUGGAGUGCCUGGAAGCCAGCUGAGGGACGAGAGCGCUCAGCCCGGGAAGAAGAAGAAGAAGAAGAAGAAGAAGAAAGAAAGAAGUCAGAAAAAGAAAAAUGCAGUGGGGGCUUCUAGGGGCAAAUUCAGCCAAGGGCCAGCCAUACCAGCAAGCUCCGAUGCUAAGAAGCCAGGGUCAGCUACUGCAAUCACACCUGGUGCUAGUGCAGAGGAAAGAAAUGGGAAAGGAACCGUGGUAGCACCUGGCGUUACAGGGAAUAAAAAGGGACCUGAAACAAAUUUCGCAAUGGAUUUCUUGCGGCAGAGGCUACACAACAAAAUUGAAGAAAUAUCUGGAAAGGCUAGCGCCCAAACUCUGUCAGCCACCGUGCUGGAGAAGCGCCAGCGAAGAAAAUACGAACGAGAGAGAAAGAAACGCAAGAGGAAAGAGAUCAGAAUGAAGGAGAAAUUAGAGAAGGAAACGGCAGAAGAGGCCUCGUCGGCCGUGGUUUCGGAAACCCAGCAGGCCGAGAGCAAACCUGACCUCUUGUUUAACAAAGUGGAGGUCCAUGCAGAAGAGGAGCUGAACAAAGUGAAGAAGAAGGAGGAUAAAAGAAAAUCCGUCAAAGGCAACAUAACACCGCUGACCGGCAAGAAUUAUAAACAACUCUUAAACAGGCUGGAAUCUCGGAAAACCCAGCUGGAAGAGUUGAAGGCCAAAGAUGAGGGGAAGGCUAAGGAGUUGGAGACUAAGAUGCAGUGGACUAACGUCCUUUAUAAGGCAGAAGGUGUGAAGAUCCGCGAUGAUGAAGAGAAGCUGAAGGCCGCCCUGAAGCGCAAGGAGAAGCGCAAGGCCCAGCGUCAGAGGAAGUGGGGAAAGCGGACAGAACAGGUGGUGGACAGAAUGCAGCAGCGACAAGAGAAACGUCGCAAGAACAUCCAGCAGAAGAAGCUGGCCAGGAUCGAGAAGAAGAAGGCUAAAGCUCGGAAGAAAGGACGCAUCCUUCCUGAAGAUCUCAAGAAAGCUGGCUCUAACCGAAACUGAGUUUCUUCUUAUUGUUAUUAAGUUUUUAUUAGUUUAUCAAAGUAUAAAAUACAACAACAACAAAAAAGAGACAUGGAAAACUGGCUGAAACUGAGUUUUAUCCCAAUUUAGAUUUGAAUGAACAAGGUGGUGGAUGUUAGAGACUCCACAAAGAUUUUCCUUCAAACUGACGGGGCGUGGAGAUGAUGCAACCAAGUCUUUUUGGGUCAACCCUGGGUUUGAGGAGGACAGAUACGUCUUUCGGAAGCCUCUCAACCAAAGUUGAGUCAUUGAAUUGCCUCUUUCCAGCUGUUAUCAAAUUAUUCUUUCCUGGUUUAGGGAGUGGGAUUCGAAAUCCUGUUUCGUAGAAUCAUGGAGUGAAAAGAUGACAUUUAUCCUCUUAAUCUGGGAAAUAAAUUGAAGCAAGGAAGGAAUCAUUAAACAUUCUAUCCUGCAUUCUUAGCUUGCUUGGUGAUUUAACUGUUGUUUUGAUUUGGUGUAUUAUUUGGGAUUUGGAACCAUAAACCAACCCAACUGAUUGACUGUGAACCAACCCAAGAUUUGUUGGGUUGAAAAGUAAACAAAAAUUUAUGUUUAGUUUUGUAAGUUCCUAGGUUUUAAUUGACCUGGUUAAACAUAUUACAGGAUGCAGAUUUUGGCAGGAACUGGCUUGGGGAUGAAUCGUUUGGCUACGUUUCCUGGAAAUAUGGGGUAUUAUUAUUAUUAUUAUUAUUGUUGUUGUUGUUAUUGUUGUUGUUGUUGUUGUUGUUGUUAUUAUUAUUAUUAUUAUUAUUAUUAUUAUUAUUAUUAUUA